CUCCUGCAUAGUGCCCACACUAAGCUCUCACGCACACAGAUCUAACAUGUCGUCCAACUCCAACAACAUCUUCAAUGCUGUCUCCAUCUUUGAUGGAAAGCACUGGCUUGUCUGGUCCGGAACUAUGGAGUCCUACCUGGAGCAUCAGGGGAUCUCCUAUGUGCUGACCGAAGCUGCGCCAACCCAAAUCAAGGUGGAUGGCGUUGUCACCAACGCAUCAGAGAUCAAGCAAUGGAAGCAUGACGACCUCAGGGCCAAAGGCAGCAUUAAGUUGCGCCUGACUGAAGGUGUCAUUGCUAACAUUCCUGCCGCUGAAAUAGUGUCC